GCAACAGAAACUUUGAUUUCUCUGUCCUCCUACUAGAGAUAUCUUCUGGCCUCCAGUUCUUGAAGGGGGGGGCAGCUUUUCCUCAGCCAAGAAUGGAACAACAGCAUUGUUCUGGAGUAGUCUAGAAUUUCCCAGACAAAGGGUUGGAAUUGGAAUUACAGAGCAUUCUGAGGCCUCCCUGGCCCAAGUGGGCCCAACUCACAUCCCAUCCCCCAGCAGGCCUCAUGUGGGUGCUGGCACUAAGUGGGGUUUUCCUGGCAGUUGCUCAGGCCUGUAUCUUUUGUCGCCUUCCAACCCAUGCCUUGUCAGACCGCCUGGCUCGUCUCAAUAGCCAGAUGGAGGAGCAGUGGAAGGAAUGGGCUUCCCAAGAUUUCUCAGCGUUUGCCUUAGAUGAAGUGACCAUGAACAAAAUCACAGAGAAGACUCACCGAGUCCUGAGGGUCAUGGAGAUAAAACGAUCCAUCUCCUCACUUCCUUCAUAUUGGCAAUGGCUUCAGAAGACCAAGAUUCCCCAGUACACCAGGGAAGCCCUCUGUGCUCCCGCCUGUCGGGGCAGCACCAUCCUGUAUAACUGCUCCACCUGCGAGGGCAAGGAGGCGUCCUGUUGGCCCCCCAAGCGCUGCUUCCCAGGCAGUCAUGAUCUGCGCGAAGCUAGGAUUCUGCUGUCAUCUGUCUUUGGAGCUGUGCUGCUUUUGGGUGCUCUGAGCCUCCAGGUGGAGUAUCGCCACCUGCAAGCAAAAGAGGUGUGAAGAUGUUGAUAGCCUUCCCAUCUCCAGUUUUAAGGAAGUUGUGAACACAAUUUCCACAUCCCUUGGGGUGGGGACCAUUCAUUUCCUACUCCCAGCCCG